AUGAAGGCACGUUUGAGAUCUAAGGUUUGGUGGCCUCGCAUCGAUAAAGAUGUGGAAAACGUAGUGAAAGCUUGCAAAGGCUGUACAUUGGUGAGUCUUCCAAACCCACCAGUACCCAUGAAGAGAAGAGUGUUGCCUACGGCGCCGUGGGUAGAUAUUGCAGUAGAUCUAAUGGGACCAUUACCAAGUCAAGAAUAUAUUUUAGUAGUGGUUGAUUACUACAGUCGAUAUAAAGAGGUGAAAAUCACUAAAACGAUCACGAGUUUACAGAUCAUCAAACUACUAAAAGAAUCAUUUAGUAGACUUGGUUAUCCUAUUUCCAUAACAGCGGACAAUGGUAGGCAGUUUGUCAGUGAAGAAUUCAGAACUUUCUGCAAGGAAUGCAAUAUCAGAUUAUUUAAUACCAUCCCAUAUUGGCCUCAAAUGAACGGCGAGGUCGAGCGACAAAAUCGGGACAUUUUAAAACGUCUUCGUAUUAGUCAUAUCGAGAAUAAAGAUUUAAAGGAAAGUCUAUGGGAGUAUCUACUUAUGUACAAUAAUACACCCCAUACAGUUACUGGACGAUCACCAUCUGAACUGUUCUUCCAACGGCAAAGUAGAGAUAAAAUACCUUCACUAGGAGAAAUAAACUAUAGAUUAAAUGACUCGGAAAUUAGAGAUAAGGAUAAAAUACAAAAAGAAAAAGGAAAAGAAUAUGGAGAUAGGAAACGGAAAGCCCUAGAAUCAGAUAUAAUAGAGGGAGAUAAAGUUUACGUAAAAACAAUGGAAAAAUCCAACAAGCUUACAACUAAUUUUAACCCUACGCCACAUGUUGUGGAAAGUGAACAUAAUGGUGACUGCACGGUACGUAAUAGUGAAACAGACCAAAGAUUUAGAAGGAACGUGAUACAUUUGAAGAGGGUGGAAGGCAAAUGGACGAGUGUACCAUCAGACCAGAGUUCAGAAGAGCAAAGUCUAGAAAACUAA